AUGAACUUUGCGCUGGGCUUUAAACCAGCAAUGGGUGAUGCCAGCGAGAAGCAGCUCAUUUGCCACAUAUGUCUAGAGAUCUUCCACAAGCCUGUGGUCAUCUUACAGUGCCAGCACAAUCUCUGCAGGAAGUGUGGCAAUUAUGUCUUCCAGGCCUCUAACCCUCUUUGGCAAAACCGGGGUUCCACCACUGUGUCUACAGAAGGGCUUUUCCGGUGCCCGUCAUGCUGCCAUGAGGUGGUUUUAGACCGGCAUGGUGUACACGGCCUACAGAGGAACCUUCUAUUGGAGAAUAUCAUUGAUAUCUACAAACCGGAGUCUAGCAGGCCACUCCUGCCCAAAACAGAGCAACAACAGCUGAUGUGUGACCAGCAUGAAGACGAGAAGAUCAACAUCUACUUCACCUGUGAGAUGCCCACCUGCUCCAUGUGUAAUAGGGUGUUUGGAGAUCACAAAGAAUGUGAGGUGGCACCACUGCAGGUCAUCUACAAAAAAACGAAAGACAGAGAUGCAAUAGCCUUCUUAGUGGCAGGAAAUGACAGAGUACAAGCGCUGAUCACACAGAUGGAGGAUAUUUGUAGGACCGUUAAGCAUCAGGGUUACAGGGUGUUAUUAGUUUUGAGCGGUUAUUAUUUGAAAAUGAUGUGUAAUGAACGUUACGCCAUCCUUGAAGAGCGUAAAAGGGAACUAAUAGAGCGUAUUGGAAAUGAGCAGGACCAAAAACUGGGUCAUGUACGUUCGCUUCUUCGUCGCCACGGAGACUACUUGGAGACGUCUGUAAAACUGGUGGAGACAGCCAUCCAGUCCAUGGAGGAACCUCAGAUGGCUGUCUUCUUGUAGAGUGCGAAGGACGUGUUUAAAAUGAUCACAGACACUGCCAAGGCCUCCAACAUUGAGCGGACGGAGGCCGGCUACGAGAGCAUGGCCCACUUCAUCAUCCACACGGAGAAUGUGGCCGACAUGCUGAGAGCCAUCGACUUCCAAACAGGUGAUGAUUUGGAAGACAGUGGAGAAGAAGGCCUUGAAGAUCUGACCUCCCCGUCUGCACAUCCGAGUGGUGAAUCAGACAGGCUUUAA